AUGGCCGGAGAAGACGACGAGCGGCGGCAUGCCAAUGUGUGCGAGCAGUCACCAUGGCCGGGCGUCAUGAAAGAGUGGGGAUGGUGUGCGACUGGAGCUGGGAGUCUUCACUCUGUUAUAUCUGUACUGCAGACACCUCAAGUCAAUACAGUGCAGAUUGAUUUCGAUACAGAGCUUGAAAAGCUGAGGCUUGAACUGAGAGAAAUACGGGGGGCAUACAAACUCGAGUCUGUCGAUGCAUCUCAUCAGUCUUCACUCUGCUAUAUCUCUACUGCAGACACCUCAAGGCAUUACUACCCAGUUGACGUGAUUAAGCAAGUCAUUGACUCCAUGUCAUUUGCUAAGCUGAACGUUCUUCAUUGGCAUAUCAUCGACGAACAAUCUUUUCCGUUGGAGAUACCAUCAUAUCCAAAUCUAUGGAAGGGUUCAUAUUCAAAAUUGGAGCGUUACACUGUGGAAGAUGCACAAUAUAUUGUUAGCUAUGCUAAGAAAAGAGGUAUUCAUGUCAUGGCAGAAAUUGAUGUACCUGGUCAUGCAGAAUCAUGGGGAAAUGGAUAUCCGAAGCUUUGGCCUUCUCCUAGCUGUACAGAACCUUUAGAUGUAUCUAGUAACUUCACAUUCGAAGUCAUAUCUGGAAUUUUGUCUGAUAUGAGAAAGAUCUUCCCAUUUGGGAUGUUUCACUUGGGUGGAGAUGAAGUAUAUACAGGUUGCUGGAAUGUUACACCCCAUGUGAAGCAGUGGCUUGAUGAACGUAACAUGACUACAAAGGAUGCUUACAAAUACUUUGUGCUGAGGGCCCAGGAGAUAGCAAUUCAUCUUAACUGGACUCCUGUAAACUGGGAGGAAACCUUCAACUCAUUUGGGGAAAACCUCAAUCCUCUGACCGUUGUGCAUAACUGGUUGGGUCCCGGGGUCUGCCCCAAAGUAGUUGCAAAGGGACUGAGAUGCAUAAUGAGUAACCAAGGAGCAUGGUACCUUGAUCAUCUCGAUGUUCCGUGGGAAGAAGUCUACGCCGAAGAGCCACUCGCAGGAAUAAGCGACGCCGCGCAGCAAAAGCUGGUACUGGGUGGAGAGGUUUGCAUGUGGGGUGAGACAGCAGACACAUCUGAUGCUCUACAAACAAUAUGGCCCCGAGCGGCCGCAGCUGCAGAGCGUAUGUGGAGUCCAUUGGAGGCCAUAUCCGACCAAGACCUGGAAACGACCGUCCUGUCUCGGCUACACUACUUCAGAUGCCUGCUGAAUCACCGUGGAAUCGCGGCAGCUCCAGUCACAAACUUCUAUGCCCGGCGACCUCCAAUCGGUCCUGGCUCAUGUUUUAUCCAGUAAACAAGUAGUGAAAGUGUAGAGACACAUGAGGGGGUUUGGCCUCAGCACAUCUCCCAUAAUACUGUACCAAGAUAGCAUCGUCACUUGUACUGUAUCAGUUCUGUAAGUUCACUCGACAAUAAAACUCCAUAAUCCUCCCCUAUGUAUUUCUCCUUGAAACUCUAAUAAAACCGCAGCUUUCGU